CUGAGGACGGGCGCGACGAUCCCGUUGAUCGGUCUCGGGACGUGGAAGUCCGAGCCCGGGAAGGUUCGAGCCGCGGUGACGCACGCGCUGAAGCGCGGGUACGCGCACGUCGACUGCGCGAGCGUGUACGAGAACGAGGGCGAGGUCGGCGACGCGCUGCGAGGCGUGUUCGACAGCACGACGCUACUCCGCGAAGACGUCUUCAUCACGUCCAAGCUGUGGAACUCUGACCACGCCGCCGACCGCGUGGAGCCCGCGUGCAAAAAGUCCAUGGACCUCCUCAAGGUGCGCUACCUCGACUUAUACCUCGUGCACUGGCCCGUCACGGGCAACCGCGGCGCGGCGGUGACGCCGAGCAUCGAGGAGACGUGGAGAGCGAUGGAAGCGCUCGUGGACGAGGGCCUCGUCAGGGCCAUCGGCGUGUCCAACUUUAGCGUCGAAAAGAUGGAGGCGAUUUCAAAGUACGCGCGGCAUCCGAUCAGCGUGUGCCAAGUGGAGUGUCACCCGUACUGGCGCCAGACCGAGCUCGUGAAGUACUGCGAAGCGAACGACAUUCACGUGACCGCGUACUCGCCGCUCGGGUCACCGGACAGCGCGGCGAUGUUCAAGCGCGACGCGCCGGCGUUGAUGUCCGACCCCGUCGUGAUCGCCGCGGCGGAACGCGCCGGUAAGAACGUCGGACAAACGCUCGUUCGCUGGGCGUUACAGACGCGCCCGAACUGCAGCGUGCUCCCGAAGUCCACCGACCCGGCGCGCAUCGAGGGCAACCUCGACGUGUUGGACUGGUCUCUGGACGAGGAAGACGCGCGCGCGCUGAGCGAGUUGCCGACGCGGCGCCGCAUGGUGGACGGGAGUUUCUGGCUCUCGCCGCUCGGGCCGUACAAGACCCUCGAAGACCUCUGGGACGGGCCGUGA